GGACUGCGACUGUCGGAAAGAGACUCCGGCAACGCCAUUCACGCAUAAAUACACGUUUGCCAUCUUCAGGUAGCCACGUCGCUAGUCGCUCGUCCACGUAGCAACUCUCAGCUGCUUACUUUUUCGCCUCUUCGAACUCAUCCUCCAUUCGACAUGGCUUCAAACAUCAAAUCUGAUCUCUUCCUCACCAACAAAACAUCAUUUGCCUGUGCCAGGCAAUCGAUACCUAGCGUGACACGAGCCGCGAGUAACGGCUUCGUGGCUGCUCGCGCCAUGAAAAGCGGGACGGAAGCUUUGAAUCUGGAGAGGCCGCUGCGCAGGAUCGAAUUCGACGCGGUCACGAGAAGAGGGAGCGGAGGCAAGUUUGGGAUUUAUGGAGGGAAGUAUGUGCCCGAGACGUUGAUGAGUUGCUUGGGCAAGCUUGAAGCUGAGUUCAACUUUGUUCUGCAUGAUGCUGAGUUUCAGGCAGAGCUCGCGACAGCUCUAAGGGACUACGUCGGGAGGGAGACUCCUUUGUACUUCGCGGAGCGGCUCACCGACCAUUACAAGAACGAGAACGGAGAAGGACCGGACAUCUACCUGAAAAGAGAGGAUCUCAACCACUGCGGCGCACACAAGAUGAACAAUGCCAUCGCACAGGCGAUGAUCGCCAGGCGCAUGGGCCGGCAAAGGGUGGUGGCGGCCACGGGAGCAGGCCAGCACGGUAUCGCAACCGCCGCCGCGUGCGCUAAGCUGUCUUUGGAUUGCACCAUCUUCAUGGGUUCCGAGGAUAUGGAGAAACAAGCUUCUAACGUGUUUUUAAUCAAGCUCCUAGGUGCUCAGGUGACCCAAGUGGAGGGGAGCUUCAAGGAUGCAAGCUCAGAGGCCAUAAGGCAAUGGGUGAACGACUUGGAGGGAAGCUAUUACCUGACAGGGACCGUGGUGGGUCCUCACCCAUGCCCAAGCAUGGUGAGGGAGUUCCAAUCCAUCAUAGGGAGGGAGACGAGGAGGCAGGCCAUGGAGAGGUGGGGAGGGAGGCCGGAUGUGGUGGUGGCGUGCAUCGGGAGCGGCUCCAAUGCGCUGGGGAUCUUCCAUGAGUUCAUCGGGGAUGAGGGGGUGAGGCUGGUUGGCGUGGAGGCUGCCGGGUUUGGCCUGAACUCCGGGAGGCAUGCGGCCACUCUGGCCACAGGCCAUGUUGGGGUCUACCAUGGAGCCAUGAGCUACUUGAUGCAGGACCAAGAAGGCCAAGUUCUUGGAGCCCACUCUGUCGGCGUUGGGCUACAGUAUCCAGGAGUCGGCCCGGAGCUGAGCUUCCUCAAAGACACGGGACGAGCAGAAUUCUAUACGGUCACCGACAAAGAAGCUCUAAAUGCAUACCAACUUCUAUCUAGAUUGGAAGGUAUAAUCCCAGCAAUGGAAGCUGCUCAUGCAUUCGCAUAUUUGGACAAACUUUGCCCGACCCUCCCCGAUUCCACGAAGGUUGUGGUGAAUUGCAGCGGACGAGGAGAUAAAGACGCACCUAUGUUCUUUCAACACCAACCCACCCUCAACGCAUAAAACUAGCUUGCUGUAUAGAAAAUGUAAAACGUAAAGAUUAUGAUCUCCUUGUCAAUGUCAUAUAGCCUACAGGAUUAUUUGGAGAGAACCUGACCGAAGUGAUCUCCUGACUUAUACUGUACAACUUAUAUCCUGUAUGAACACUGCCGUUGAUCUAUGUGCUCCAAAGGCAUAAAACGAAAUCAG